AUGAAGGAUCCUAUUAUUAUUUAUUAAGCAAGACACAGAAAAACAGAGUAUGUUUGUGAGAAAUGUUACAUAGAGCUUGAAAAAAAACAGCCAAAUAAAUAGAAUUUUCGAAAAUAAUUUACAUUAAGAACGUAUAGUUUUAUAAUAUACUGCAAAAGGCAUUCAAAUCACCUGCAUAUCUACUCUCAAAGCUCAAUAUACCUAAUUAUCGAACAGAGUUGUUAAUUGGAAUUGAAAAUUACAAUGAUAAAACUAUCAAUAAUAUUCUUGCUGAUCUCAAAACAAAGAUUUCCAAUUUUUAAAAUACACUACAGAUAAAUUACUAAGAAUUAGAAUACGGCAUCAUAUUUUCUAUCUCUAAGAUAGAAUUAUUAAUUGGAAAAGGUAUUUAAAACGAAUUUAUAGAUUAUAAAGGUUGAUUUACUCAGAUAUAUUGAAGUUAAUCUUGGGAGAUUCUAACAAUCAUUAAACUCUAGAAUAAAAUUAAGCUUCUCCAUCUCUAUUUAUAAGAUCUUACAAAAAAUAAUUGUAAAGAAUUGGAUUAAUCUUUAAUUGAUAAUAUGGAUAAAAUAUAGUAAUAACUCGAAAUGUUAAAUAAAGGAGAUAAAUUUGUAUAAAAACCUUCAAAGAAUGGUUUAAAUCCUUCUAAAUUAGUUAAUUAGAUUUGGAAAAUAAAUAAAUCUAAUAAAAGAUUAUUCAUACCAUUUAAUCUAAAUUGAAUAAAUGUUCAAUUCAGUAUAUGUGAGCAUUCGAGAUGAAUUGAAUGGGAAAUAAUUAUGGAAUAAAAUCAUGGUUUAUCAAGUUUUUAAAUCUUAGAGUGGAAAUAUAAUUGGAGGGUUUUCUACUAGUAAGUGGCAAUAUUAAAUGAGUUCCUAUAUAAAAAAGGGAUGGAAUAUUAUGCUAUUUAUUGUAACCUAUCUCUUGGAUUUUGAAGUGGUCAUGAUAUUGUUAUUGCUGCAGACUUAAAUUUGGCUAUUCCAAAUCAGGAAGUAUUAAAUUAAUUAAUACAAAAUUAGUAAUAUUAUUACUCAUUUAUUUGGGUAAUCAAUUCCAAAUAUUGUUGAAUGUGAGAUUCGAGGUUUUAAAUUUGAUUGA